UUUAUCUGCUGCAGAGACUGCGGGCUGGCAUAACAAUGACAGUGGCUGCCGUCAGGAAAGAACAAAGAGAGCACAGACACUCUUAAAUACUCCUUAAUAAUACACCGCAAUGUGAAUGGGACAUCAUUCAAAUACAGUCUCUAAAUGUCAGAACGAUAGCACAAACGGCCUGGCCGCAGAAAGGAACAAGGUCCGAUCACAAUCAGGUUGCCAAGGAUUGCAAGAAAACAACAGACCUAUCUGGUGACUGAAUUUGUUAACCUGAGGAGUCACAAUGAGUUUUUCACCGUUACUCUCAAGGGGCGCAAUGGAUAUUCUAGAAGAGUUGCAGCUGCUAACAGCAAAAACAAUGGAGAAAAUAGAAGUCUCGAAACAUUACGAAAUCAUCAGGGAAUUGGGAAAAGGAACGUACGGCCGAGUUGACCUCGCUAUUCACAAAACAAGAGGUACAAAAAUGGCUCUAAAAUUUCUAAGGAAGAAGACGACCAAACAAAAAAGCUUCCUACAGGAAUAUUGCAUUUCUCGUUAUUUGUCUUCCUGCCCCUAUAUUAUCAGCAUGUACGACAUAGCUUUUGAAACCAACGAAUAUUAUGUUUUUGCACAGGAAUACGCUGUGGCUGGAGAUCUGUUUGAUAUCAUCCCACCGCAGGUUGGCCUCUCUGAGCACACCACAAAGCGCUGUAUAUACCAAGUUGCUCUAGCACUGGAUUAUCUGCACAACAGGAAAUUAGUCCAUCGCGAUAUCAAGCCUGAAAAUAUUCUAAUUUUUGACAAAGAAUGUCGAAAAAUUAAACUCUCCGAUUUUGGCAUGACCAGGAUUGCCGGCACAACAGAAAAACGCGUGAGUGGUACCAUUCCAUAUACUGCUCCAGAACUUUGCGAGACCUCAAAGCAUAGCGGAUUUUUAGUGGAAUACAGCAUUGACGUGUGGGCGUUCGGCGUUCUUCUGUUUUGUAUGAUGACUGGUAACUUUCCCUGGGAGAAAGCACUACAUUUGGACUCGUUCUACUAUGAAUUUUUACAGUGGCAACGGUACAAAAGCACCACAAUACCUUCUCAGUGGCGUAAAUUCACACCCCAUGCCCUUAAAAUGUUUAGCAAGCUGCUGUCUAUUGAGCCAGAAAAACGAUGCGCCAUUAAAGACGUAUUGUGGUAUUUUGCCAAGACGUGGUUAGUGAACAAGGAGGAACCGCCGAACGCCGACGUAAAAACCAAUAGCAACAUUUUUGCACACAUUAAACCGCAAGGUCUCUCCCUCGGCGGAGGCUCCGAUAAUAUCAACAGCAAUAAAACGGAGACCAGCCCCAGCUUAUCGUUCUCGUCUUGCAGUAGCUACGAAGAUGUAGCAAAAGACACUAAUUCUAAUGCCAUUCUAGUUUCAACAGCUAUUGAAAUAUGCGUAUGAAAACAAAUUGAAAUUGACGUAUGCGCCAGCAUAGCGAGCCUGCUUGCCUACACCUAAUAACUACAGGUGUUUCACUUCAAAAAUCAUUGCAACCACGUGCCAAGUAUUUUCAAUAUAUAUGUGAUUAAAUGAAAAUAGAUUUAAUACCGUCAGGAGAGAUUUGGUCAAAAAGAUAUAUAUAAAGAAAUAUAAGUCCUAGUACUGGACUUGUUUAGAAAUAUCCUGUGCCUACAUUAGCCGAGGAUUCUGGGAAAUGUUACCAACCAACACAAGUUUUAAAAGUUAGAAGGUCAAAUGCUGACAUGACGUUAAUGUUUACUUUUUUUUGUUUGUU